CGCUGGCAAUUAGGAUAAGUGGGGCUGGGGUUCAUGUUCCUCUCUAGGGUUUCUUCUUCUCUCUCUGUGUUUCUUAAUCUUAAUCCUUGUUCUCUUAUAUAUUUUUAUAUAUUUACAAAAACCAUUUCUUUUUUUCUUUUUUCUUUUUUAUUAUCAUUUUGACCAAUCCUUCUUUCAAUUCCUAAAAAUCACUCCCUCCAAUUCCCAAUCCUCCACAGUACCUUAAAAACACUGUGCUUCCUCAUCUCUCUUUUGAAUUUGAAAGUAGUUGAAACCAUUAGGCCAAAAAAAAAAAAAAAAAAUCUGGGUUUGGUUCAAAAAUCAAAACUUGUUUCUGGGUCUUUGUUAAAUCUUUGCAAAAUUGUUGCUUUUGUUGUUGAAGAUCAUCAAGAUUGAAGAUUUGGGUAUGGACCAAAAAGAAGAAGAAACACCCAACAAUCAAAGUCCAUCACAAACCCCACCCCCGGCGGACCCACCACCGCCGCCGCCGCCGCCAAAAGAAGAGGUUAUAGAAAGCGAGCAAGACGACCUGUCGUCGUCCCCGUUAAAGCUAAACGACACGAUGAGUCUCAUCCAGGUCCCAAUAUCGGCUUCAACAAGAGCUGUGGUGGCGGCAAAGGCAAAGAGACCCUCAAAAGACAGGCACACAAAAGUGGAGGGUAGAGGCCGUAGGAUCCGUAUGCCCGCCACGUGUGCGGCCAGGAUCUUCCAGCUGACACGCGAGCUUGGCCACAGGUCAGACGGUGAGACUAUCAAAUGGCUACUCGAACAUGCGGAGCCAGCUAUAAUUCAAGCCACGGGGACUGGAACUGUGCCAGCUAUUGCUGUCUCUGUAAAUGGUACGCUGAAAAUUCCAACAACCUCUCCUUCUAACCCAGAUGAUGAAGACGACGUUAUUGACGAGGACAACAACAAUAGCAACGACAACAACGUUGUGCAAAAAAAACGCAGAAGAAGAGCGUCUCAGAGCUGUGAUUUUAUCAACGUGAAUGAGCGUGUUGCUUCUGUUUCUGCUGGGUUAGCACCAAUAGCACCGUUGCCUAUGUGGCCUGUGAGUGUGGGAGCUCAUAAUAAUAAUAAUAGCAAUGGUCAUGGUGGGCCAUUUUUUAUGUUCCCAAAUGGGUCUAUUAAUCAUCACCAGGCACAAUUGUGGGCUAUUCCAGCGGGUGCGACUCCUAUAUUCAACGUGCAAGCAAGACCCAUAUCUAAUUUUGUGUCAGCUGUGCAACUGCAAGUGCCACCUGGUGCUGGUGCUGGUGCUGGUGCUGGUGCUGGUGGGGUUCGUGUUCAAUUGGGUGAGGUGCAGGGUUCGACUGCUGGUUCUAUUUCAAGUGGUGGUGGUGGUGGUGCUACGGGUUCGGGGAGUUGUUCAUCUAUGGCGCCCAGUUCGAGUUCCGGGACCAGUGGUGGUGCUACAACUAGUAAUAAUAAUAAUAGUACUGGUACGACUCAGAUGCUUAGGGAUUUUUCAAUGGAGAUUUAUGAUAGGAAGGAGCUUCCAUUCUUGGGUCGGAUUGGGAAUUCACAAACACCAUGUUCAAAACCAUGAGGGUAACAAUGGGGGUAAAGAGUUGUUAUAGGGUUUUAGACUUUUUUUUUUUUUUUAAUAAUAAAAA